UUUCAAAUGAAAAAAACUUUUACGUAAAAUAACGGAGAGCCACUUUCAUUAUCUCCCUUCAUCCCUACGUUGCACGUUAAAUCUGCAAUUUUAAAAUCCAAUUGCACAAAAACCCUAACCUCCAUUGUUGCAAUUGCGCACCUAUAGCUACCAGUUUUACACCGCCAUCCGCCAUCCGCCAUAAACACCUGCAGUAACCAUCCCGGCAGCCUUACUUCCCGUACGUCUAUCUCAUGCGUCGUAGCCGUUGUGUACAGCACCGUGAUCACCAACACCUCCUCAACCCGUUUUCCUCUUCUCUUCCCUUCUAUUAGAGAUGAGUGUUGACAAUGAUUCCCCAGUAAAUUCAUCGAGUAGCGAUGAUUUUGCGGCACUACUUGAUGCUGAGUUAGAUUCUGGGUCUUCUGAUAAAUCCCCAGAUCAAGGUUCAAGUGAUGAUGAUGAAGAUAUUGUUGCUGAAGCAGAUGCAAGGAAGAAAAGACGAACGAUAUUGGAAAUGGACAAUGGUGUGCAGCUUGAUGAUUCAAAUUCCAGUGGACUCGAUGCUUCUGCUUUAGACAAACCUAUAAAGGAGUCAUGUACACAUCCUGGUUUCUUGAAAGAUAUGUGUAUUGGCUGUGGAAAGCGAAUGGACGAUGGAGCUAGAGUUGGAGCUGGUGUUGCAUUUGGAUACAUCCAUAAGGACUUGAGGUUGGGUAGUGAUGAGAUCUCUCGGUUACGCGAUGCUGAUGUGAGGACUUUGCUACGCCAUAAGAAACUCUAUUUAGUCCUUGAUUUGGAUCAUACAUUGCUUAACUCAACUCGACUGGAUGAUUUGAGUUCAGAAGAAGACUAUUUAAUGAGUCAGACAGACUCUUUUGAAGAUAUUUCAAAGGGAAGUUUAUUUCGACUGGAUAUGAUUCGCAUGAUGACCAAGCUAAGGCCAUUCAUUCGAACAUUCCUGCAAGAAGCAAGUAACAUGUUUGAAAUGUACAUUUAUACCAUGGGAGAACGCCAUUAUGCCUUAGAAAUGGCGAAUCUUCUUGAUCCUGGAGGUUUGUAUUUUAAUUCAAGAGUAAUUUCCCAAGCUGAUUGCACUCAAAGACACCAAAAGGGUCUAGAUGUGGUACUGGGUGUAGAGAGUGCUGUUUUGAUACUUGAUGACACAGAAGCCGUUUGGCAAAAGCACAAAGACAAUUUGAUAUUGAUGGAAAGAUAUCACUACUUCUCUUCUAGUUGUCGGCAGUUUGGUUUUCAUUGCAAGUCUUUAUCUGAGUUGAAAAGUGAUGAGAAUGAGGCAGAUGGAUCACUUGCAACAGUUCUUGGAGUUCUUAAGAAGAUUCACGGCUUGUUCUUUGAUCCUGAGCAUGAAAAUGACUUUGCUGCUAGAGACGUAAGACAGGUGCUCAAACAAAUACGAAAGGAAAUCCUCAAAGGUUGCAAGAUCGCCUUUAGUCGUGUUUUUCCAAUGAAAUUCCAAGCCGCUCAUCAUCACCUUUGGAAGAUGGCUGAACAGCUUGGAGCAACGUGCUCAGUUGAAGUCGACUCUUCUGUUACACAUAUUGUGUCGACAGAUGCAGGAACCGAGAAAUCACGUUGGGCAUUUCAGAAUGGAAAAUUUUUAGUCCAUCCCAAGUGGCUUGAAGCUUCGAACUAUCUAUGGAUUAGACAACCAGAAGAGCAGUUUCCUGUUCAACAAACGAAGAGCAAAUAACUGUUGUUAGGACAUUUUUGUCACUCUAUAGACUCUGACGUUUUUGCAGGACACUAGGUUGAUGACUAUGACUACGUAUAGGUCGUUGCGCCGUAGGGAAUCAUGAGUUGUAUUGUUUGUACAAUUGGAUUAAAACGAUAAAUGUAUCUAAUCUUUCUAUUAGUGAUCUAUGUAGAUAUGGCUUGUGAUCAUGAA